CUUGAUGCGCACAACGUCAAGUUCAAUUUUCUGCGCCGCGUCUCCCCACAAGAACCACACUGUUUCCGAGCAUCCCGGUUAUCCCUUCGCAGAGCGGGUCGAUCGUUAACGCGUAGCAGUUCGGCCAUUGUGUAAAAAGAAGCCACGGCGCUCGGAUAGUGUACGCUGAGGACAGGACGUGUAGUUUUCCCAAGUUUUCCUCUUGUGAUAUUUAGAUUGUGCCAAUAUAGUAACGAGGGAACGAAGUCCGAAAAAAAUGGAAGACGACCAGCAAUUCUGCCUUAGAUGGAAUAAUCACCAGAGUACAUUAAUUCAAAACUUCGACACGCUUCUCGAAAGCGGGACGCUUGUCGACUGCACGCUGGCCGCGGAGGGGAAAUACUUGAAAGCGCAUAAAGUAGUGCUAUCUGCUUGCAGCCCCUAUUUCGAGGGAUUGCUGAGUGAGCAUUACGACAAACACCCGGUGUUCAUUCUAAAAGAUGUAAAAUUCAAAGAAUUAAAAGCAAUGAUGGACUAUAUGUACAGAGGGGAAGUAAAUAUUUCCCAAGACCAACUGGCAGCACUUCUUAAAGCCGCUGAAUCAUUGCAAAUUAAGGGUCUAUCAGAAAGUAGAACAAGUGGUAGUAGUAAAACGGACUUUAGGCAACAAAAAGUAGUUCCACAAACAACAUCUCAAAUGGACAUUCCACAAUCGUCUUCCGGUCUCACGAUAGAAAAGAACAAAGUUCCUAGGCAGGGUAUGGCACAAGGUUCCGUAGGGGACCUGCCCGAAGACUCGGCCAGUCCCCAAAUACCUAAGGGUCUCUCCUCGAGGGAAGGUUCUCAAAGUCCCACUUCGAGGAAAAGAAAAAAAUUUAGACGAAAAAGUAUAGGCGAUGAUAAUUCUAUAGAAAACCACGAAGCGUCGAAUUCAAGCGAUAUGCCUCAACAAAUGAGUGUUCCUCUGACGAAACCUGCCGAUGAAAUGCUGCAGUUGCCCUUGGAGAAACCUGAGCCAAAUGAUAAUCUCAUCGAGCCAAAGUCUGAAUAUCUAGAAGAUCAAGAAGAAAGCGUUGAAGAUCUGACGCUGGAUGACGAUAUGAACGAUCUGAACGAGAUGGAACAGGAUAACAAUAGAGCCGGACCGUCCCACGACCCCUCCCAACAUCCUGCAGGUAUAGGUGCAUGGCACGUUACCGGCGAUCGAAGUAAUGCGGGAGGAGUCGUGGGCUCGGUGGCAGGAGCUCCGGGAACGACAGACGAAGUCUUUCUUGCAGCCCAGGAGGCCGCACAGGCCCACCGCGACUCUCAAGGAAACGCGUCGAGGAAAAAGAGAACGAGAUUCGAGGCGGAGCAGCUCGAGAGGAUACUGUACGCGUUGAACAAAAAUGAGGAGAUAAGCAUCCGCCCGAUCGCAAGAGUGGUGCACAAGGUGAAUAAUCAUGAAAAGAUGACGAGCUCGAGCCUAUUCGAUCGCGAGAAGAAAAAUUCGAUCGAACGACGAAUCGACGAGAACGAGUCUCGCGGAAACUUAAACGAUGAAAGCGCGAGCAACAAAGAAAGUAUCGAAAGUUUUUCGAGCGGAGAAAACGGUUGGAAGGAGGGAGGCGCGAAGGAAGGAAGAAAUAAAGAUACGAGCGAAGAAAUGAGCGAUAAAAUAUCGAUUAAAUGGGCAGAGAGCGAGCGAGAAAUGGAUAUAUCUUGCAUCCGAUUGGAUAGCAGUCCCCCUCCUAAAUUAAACAAGUUAAACAAAAAAUUAUACGAUCAAGGAUGGAACGAGGGAAGGGGAAAGUUGGCUGCGGCCAAGGAGGAGAGGAGCAUACGAGGAGGAAAGGGCAAAGGGAGGAAAGAUACGCGCGGGCAAAGCGAAAGUUUGUCCAAACUCGAGAAUUCGCGCGAGCGGGUGGAAAAGUGGCGCGAGCGCGAAGAGAACUGCGAGGAGAGAGCGAGCUCGGAGAGGAGAGUGGGGCAGAGGGGGGGAAAUUCGCGAGAACGAGUUUUUAACAAGAGUUGGCGGGGCGAAAGUUGGAAGCAAAGGAAAGAAGAUAAGAGGAAGGAGGAGGGGGGUUCGUUCGCAAGGAAGAGAAACGAAGUGGGGGAAAAGGAAGAGAUGGCCGGGCCGAGCAACGAGGAUAACAGGAUGCGAAGGGAUUCGAUCAGCAGCACCGCCUCAACCGUCACCGAGUGGAUGGAUGCGGUGGAUCUUAACAAAUACAGGACGACUUAUUCUUGCAAAUUGUGCAAGAAAACAUUUCUUCGCGCCACCAAUUUGUCAUCGCACAUGAAGAGGAAUUGCCUGAAGAAUCCGGAGGCGAAGUGUAAUAAGCGUUCGGUGAACAGCAGCUCGCAUGUUUGCAAAACGUGCGGCCAUUGUUUCAAGGAGAGGAAAAGUUUGACCCAUCACAUACGAAACGAGUGCGGGAGGAUAAGCACGUGCGAGUUUUGCAACAGGAUUUUCAAAGCUGCUAAAGUACCGUAUCGCCAUUACGGGAUUUGUAAGAACAAGCAAACAAGGAAAAACAAUGCGACGCCUGUGUCGUACGUGAGACGAUUCGGGCAGAGGAACAACGAUGAAAGUGAUUGCUCUAUAUCCGAGUGCAGCAGUCCCUCUUUGAACAUUACGGAUGAAAUGGCAUCCGACACCGAAUAAAUUAUUUCGUAAA